UGUUUUUUUUAAUGUUUCUUUUAUACAAUUUUUUAUUUUCUUUUUAUUCAAAAAAGAUUUUUUUUGUUUACAAAGAAUUAAUAUCUGAAGGAAAGUUCAGGAUCCAUAGAGUAGGAAAGUUGUACAGCUGUGUUGAUAAACAGUGGGCCCUGUGAUGUAUGAACAUGAGGUACUGCAGUGUAAUAUCUUGUGAAAAUAACAGUACUUGUCAAGAUAAAAUCUUUUUUUCGUUCCCGAAAAAAGACCUAAGAGUAGCAUGGGCGAAAUUUACAAGCCAACCUUCCUCCUGGAAUCCGAAAAAAUGGAGUGUGAUAUGCUCAGACCAUUUUUCUCCUGAUGACCUUAAUAGGGCUUCUAAAAGACUACGACCUGGAGACAUGUCAUCCUCUAACCCACAGUCAUUAGCAGUUAAAGAUCAUUCCUAUGCAACCCAGGAGACCACACUUAAUAGACUCUCUGCUGCAAACAACGAUUUACAACAGCUUAACAACAAACUUCGAGUUAGGAACACCAGGUUAAAGCAGAAAGUAAAAUCAUUGGAGGAUGCCCUGGAGAAUGUAAAAUCUCAGAGAACCAAGGUCCGAGUUCAGCUGUCCAAGUUGAUAUUGUUCAAAAAACAGUAAGAAGGAAGAAUCCCUCAUUAUUGUUAUCAAUAUUAUAUAAACAAUAUUUUUUUAAAUAAAAAAUUUGGACUUUU